AUGGUGAAGCGAAGUGUUGUGCAUAUAUCAGAAGAUGAAUUGGAGAAAGUACGUGAUGCAAGAUUCAUGAAAUGGUUUAAAAAAUAUGUUGCAAAACGUAAAGAUGAAAUUAACCCACGUAUACUUGAAAUCUCUCAUGGUCCAGGACGUAUGAUAAGUACUCCAUCAGAAGAACUUGACAACUUUACAAUUUUAGCAAGUGGUAAUUAUGAAGAGGUUAAUUUCUUGAUUGAGGAAGAAGAAGAUGACAUGCAAAGAGAUGAAGAUGAAGAAGGUGACAUGGAAGGACAUGAAAAUGAAGAUGAAGAUGAAGAUGAACUUGAAGACGAAGACAAAAAAACUUUUAGUGAUGAUAGUGAUAAUAAUGAAGAAUAUGAGUUUGCUUAUUUUGAAAGUGAUUGA